AUAUCUUUUCUAAAUAAUUUCGUAAAAAAACUUUAUAUUAUAACAAUAAUACCUAAAUAUAAAUAUUAUAAACUGUUCAAUGUUAUGAUAAUGUAAAGAAAUUUUUUAAUUCGUGGAGACGCGUAUGGUUGUAGAAAUACUGUGUAGAAAAUUCUCAAAAGAAAUCCUCAUUUUAAGAUCACAAAGAUAAUUAAAUCAUUUCAAAAUGUCACCUACGAGAGCAGCAGGAUUAGUUAUUUAUAGAUAUACAAAUCAAGUAAUACAGUUUCUGAUGUUACAAACAUCCUAUGGGGCUCACCAUUGGACCCCUCCAAAGGGUCAUGUGGACCCAGGAGAAUCAGACUGGGUAACAGCACUUCGGGAAACUCAAGAAGAGGCUGGUUUUACUGCUGAGGAUCUAGAGAUUUAUAAAACCAUAUCGAAAUCACUGCACUAUGAAGUUAAUGGAAAGCCAAAAGAGGUUGUAUACUGGCUAGCAAAACUUAAAAUUCCCGAACAGAAAGUGACUUUAUCAGAUGAACAUCAAGAUUUAAAGUGGUUGCCAUUGCAUCAAGCUCAAGAAAUCUCAGGAUUUGAAGACAUGAAGAACUUGUUAGCUGAUUUCCAUGAAGAGGCUUCUAAAAUGAUUUAGUUAUUUCUGUAAAAAUUAAAAUUAUCAGGCAGCGCAAAGCAA